AGCUCCAUCUACCCCAGCCGAAGCCCUCCCUCCACUUCCUAGAUACCAUCUCCAUUUUCUUGGGCAUCGAACUUGUUAGAGACGUCUUCAGAACCUCUGCUGUUGUAGCCUGAAGUCCCGUUUGUGUCGUAGUUUCCCAUAGUUGCCCAUACCAUCCGGUCGUCAGGGUAUCAUCAUCAUGCCGCAGAUUCAAUAUUCCGAGAAGUAUUUCGACGACAUCUACGAGUACAGGCAUGUAGUUCUCCCCCCUGAUGUGGCGAAACUACUUCCGAAGAACAGGCUACUGUCCGAGGCUGAAUGGAGGAGCAUUGGCGUGCAGCAAUCCAGAGGAUGGGUUCACUACGCUAUUCAUCGUCCCGAGCCUCACAUCAUGCUUUUCCGUCGGCCAUUGAACUAUGGACAGCAGGUUCAGCCAGCCGCGCAACAACUUCAGCAGCAAGUAGGCGCAUAAGAUACGGUAGUGACUUCCUCACGCUCCUGGUGCAGCAGGAUCACCAUACAAGUCUCAUCACUGCUCAUGAUGCCAGUUAGCAGCCUCUUCAGCAGCUUGUGUCAUAGAAAACCAGAUCUGUCAAUACUCAACGUCUAGUUGCGAUUAUUAAUUCCUUCAAUUCUUUUCCGAACGGGUUUACAGGCCUUCAUUCUGCUGUUACAGGCUUAACGAGAUCUCAAGCCCUAACAGGUGACAUGUUUUGUUAAGAACCAAGUUACA